AUGGCUGACCUUCCCUCUGCGCCCGUCGAUACGAAAGCCGAAGACCUGAAAGAGCUCGUGAGAACUCUGGAGAACCGCGUCCGGGCACUUGAACACAAGAUCUCCGGCGAGGACAAGAAAACAGUCAGCGAUGGCAUGCGCCUGAUUCUGAUCGGUCCCCCAGGAGCGGGAAAGGGUACACAGGCGCCUAGAAUCAAGGAGAAGUACUGUGUCUGCCAUCUGGCUACUGGCGACAUGCUGAGAGCUCAAGUUGCACGCAAGACUCCGCUAGGGAAGGAAGCAAAGAAGAUUAUGGAUCAGGGAGGGCUUGUUUCCGACGAUAUCAUGUUGAAUAUGAUUCGGAACGAGCUAACGACCAACAGCGAGUGUCAAAAUGGCUUCAUCCUCGACGGUUUCCCGCGUACUGUUGCGCAAGCCAAGGGUCUGGACGACAUGCUGGUAGAAGAGAAGAAACCUCUCAAGCACGCCAUCCAGCUCGAGAUCGAUGACGGCCUCCUCGUCUCAAGAAUCACCGGUCGUCUCAUCCACCCUGCCUCAGGCCGCACGUACCACAAGGUCUUCAGCCCACCCAAGGCGGAGGGUAAGGAUGAUGUCACUGGAGAGCCUCUCAUCCAACGCACUGACGACAACGCCGAUACGCUCAAGAAGCGAUUGGCUACUUACCACUCGCAGACCAGCCCCGUGGUCGCAUACUAUCAGGACAAGGGCAUCUGGAGUGGCAUCGAUGCUAGCCAAGAGCCUGGCCUGGUAUGGAAGAACAUCCUGGGCGUGUUUGGUGAUGCGAAAGGGCAGCAAAGCGGCGGUGUCCUCGGAAAGCUAGGCUUGCGGUAA